UAAAGAUCGACCCCUUUCGCUCCAACCGACGCUGACACACUUCUGCCAUGACGACGACGCCAGCGCCGCAACCCUCUCAAACUCCUGCUGGGACGGAGUCGAAGCUGGACCAUAGCAAUUACGUUGAACUCGAGCUAAACGACGUGCAUUUUUGCUCGCACCCCGAUGCAUUCCACGUCGAUGUUGUAUCGACUGAAGGAACACUUCCGGUGACGAUCUCCCUCGAAUCCCAUCGCACCAAGGGGAAAUGGUCGUGCCAUGUCGUCGAUUUAAAGACGCAUGCUACCAAAGACGCACACAAACUUACCGACGGAUUCGCGGUAGUUCUGGCGCUACAGCAUGCAUUACUUGCCCUUCAAGUUGAAGACAAUGCGACACCGCUGCAGGCGAAAGUUGACUUGAAGCACCACUCUGCCUCGGGCGCCAUGCAUCUCUUGCUUGUCAUCAACAGGAAUGCUGUCGACGUCGACCAGGCCGUUCCUCUCGGCUUUCAUUUUGAGCUCGUACCGCAUGCCACUGCACCCACAGACGACGCGUUGGACGCCAAGAUGCUCGAGUUAGUCAAGGAUAUGGAUCGCAUGAUGAAAGUUCCCGAGCCGAUGCUUCUGUUGCUCUCGCAAGGGUGCCCGAAGCUUCUAGGAGGCACUAUGCUAUGCUCAUGGACUGUUCACCCCAGCUUGGAACCGCAGUUUUUUGCCUUGUCGGAGGACGCGACCGAGAUUGUGUUUCUGAAAAAGGGAGGCUAUCACAUUCAGAUUCGAGGCUUGAGCAGCGUCACACCUGACGCCCCCGCGACCCCAAGUCUCCAUUCAUUUGGCGCCGGAAGCUCGUUAAUUGCUUCCAUGUUUGAGCUGUACGUGGACCACAUUCAAGUGGCGAUGUCCCAAGGCUACGGCAACUUUUGCCAGCUCUCGUACGUGCUCACCGUGGAAAGAACGACAGUGGUGUCUGUGGCUGCUCGUGGCUACCACGAAAUUCAUCGCAACGUCACGCUCUUGAUCGAGCAGGUGCCAAGCAUGUGACUCCAGACGCGACAAUCCACCAACGUGUUGACACUAGCUGCGGCAGCGCUGCUAAGAGUUUAAUUGCCCUCUUUUCCGAAAAUUUGCAAAUUCGACAACGAACUGGAUGCAGUUUUUGCACGUCUCCAGACUGAACGCCCCGAA